CAGGCACCUGAUCAGAGACACUAAAAACUCCUAUAUAAACUCAGACCUUCAUUCUGGUAAACACUGACAGGCCGGGUGACUGACAUCAAGGAAACGUAUAUCCUACAUACCAUCAAGAUGAGGUUUUUGGUUGUUGCCGCUGCUUUUCUGGCUGUUGCCAGUGCUGCCAGUCUUUCUCUAGAAGACAUGGAGUUUCACGCAUGGAAAAUGAAAUUUGGCAAGAUCUACCGUUCUGUGGAGGAAGAGUCUCAGCGUAAGCAGACCUGGUUGUCCAAUCGCAAACUGGUUUUGGUCCACAACAUGAUGGCAGAUCAGGGCAUCAAAUCCUACAGGCUUGGCAUGACAUACUUUGCUGACAUGAGCAAUGAGGAAUACAGACAGGUGGCGUUCCGUGGAUGCCUGGGCUCCAUGAAUAACACUAAGGCCCGUGGUGGUGCUACAUUCUUCCGGCUGAAGGAUGCUGUUGUGCUGCCCAAUACCGUGGACUGGAGGGACAAGGGCUAUGUGACCGAUGUUAAAGACCAGAAGGACUGUGGAUCAUGCUGGGCCUUCAGUACAACUGGUUCCCUGGAGGGUCAGACAUUCAAGAAGACAGGAAAACUGGUGUCCCUGAGUGAGCAGCAGCUGGUGGACUGCUCUGGUUCUUUUGGGAACAUGGGCUGUGGUGGAGGAUUAAUGGACCAGGCCUUCCAGUACAUUAAAGCCAAUGGGGGUCUGGAUACAGAGAAGUCCUACCCAUAUGAGGCCAUUGAUAAUCAGUGCCGUUUUAACCCAAGCACUGUGGGUGCCACCUGCACAGGAUAUGUUGAUGUCACCAGUGGGGAUGAAAGUGCACUACUGGAGGCUGUUGCCACAAUCGGCCCUGUAUCUGUUGCCAUCGAUGCUGGACACAGCAGCUUCCAGCUCUAUGAAUCAGGUAUCUACAGUGAGCCUGAGUGCAGCAGCUCUGACUUAGAUCAUGGCGUUCUGGCUGUUGGUUAUGGAAGUUCAAGUGGAGAGGAUUAUUGGAUCGUCAAGAACAGCUGGGGUCUGGACUGGGGUGACAAGGGCUACAUCCUGAUGUCCAGGAACAAGAGCAACCAAUGUGGCAUCGCUACUGCUGCCAGUUACCCUCUGGUCCACCUCUUGUCCGACCUCACAUUUGUGUCUUCUCUUUCUCUGAGCAGGAUGAGGUUUUUGGUUGUUGCUGCUGCUUUUCUGGCUGUUGCCAGUGCUGCCAGUAUUUCUCUAGAAGACAUGGAGUUUCACGCAUGGAAAAUGAAAUUUGGUAAGGUCUACCAUUCUGUGGAGGAAGAGUCUCAGCGUAAGCAGACCUGGUUGUCCAAUCGCAAACUGGUUUUGGUCCACAACAUGAUGGCAGAUAAGGGCAUCAAAUCCUACAGGCUUGGCAUGACAUACUUUGCUGACAUGAGCAAUGAGGAAUACAGACAGGUGGCGUUCCGUGGAUGCCUGGGCUCCAUGAAUAACACUAAGGCCCGUGGUGGUGCUACAUUCUUCCGGCUGAAGGAUGCUGUUGUGCUGCCCAAUACCGUGGACUGGAGGGACAAGGGCUAUGUGACCAGUGUUAAAGACCAGGGGAUGUGUGGAUCAUGCUGGGCCUUCAGUACAACUGGUGCCCUGGAGGGUCAGACAUUCAAGAAGACAGGUAAACUGGUGUCCCUGAGUGAGCAGCAGCUGGUGGACUGCUCUCGUGCUUUUGGGAACAUGGGCUGUAAUGGAGGACUAAUGGACCAGGCCUUCCAGUACAUUGAAGCCAAUGGGGGUCUGGAUACAGAGGAGUCCUACUCGUAUGAGGCCAUUGAUAAUCAGUGCCGUUUUAACCCAAGCACUGUGGGUGCCACCUGCACAGGAUAUGUUGAUAUCACCAGUGGGGAUGAAAGUGCACUACUGGAGGCUGUUGGCACAAUCGGCCCUGUAUCUGUUGCCAUCGAUGCUGGACACAGCAGCUUCCAGCUCUAUGAAUCAGGUAUCUACAGUGAGCCUGAGUGCAGCAGCUAUGACUUGGAUCAUGGUGUCUUGGCUGUUGGAUACGGAAGUUCAAGUGGAGAGGACUAUUGGAUCGUCAAGAACAGCUGGGGUGUGGACUGGGGUGACAAGGGCUACAUCCUGAUGUCCAGGAACAAGAGCAACCAAUGUGGCAUCGCUACUGCUGCCAGUUACCCUCUGGUCUAAUGGGAAAGGUCAACACGGACCUGAUGCAAAUGGGAGAAAGGAGAAUGUGAACCGUUUGAAUGAUUCUACAGUAAUACCUCAAAAUCUUUUAUUUUAAUUACAUUUUUGAACAUUUUAAUAAACUGACCUCAGAUAUUCUUAAUUUCAAAUCCACUGACUACAACAACACUG